AUGAUGGGUUGUUUCAGUGUAAAAAUUCUAAAGCCACGACGUGGUUUCGAUAAAUGGUCAUGGGAAAAUUAUCCAAAAAUGUUAUCUUGGUCGGAAACACUUCGUGAAAUUCUUCAUUUACUCUUCUCAACGAUUCGCGUUGCAGGUAAACUACCACCUGCAGGGAAAGAUCUAAAAUCAACUGAUGCAGCAGUGCUUCUAUCCAAAGUUAAAUUUAGCGUAGAUCGAACACAUUUUAAAAAUCACAUUGGACAUUGGUGUCGAAGAAACAUGAAUCCAGACGAUAAUAAGUUGCUCGAGAAUGUAAAUACCGAAGCAGCUGAACAAGCUUUAGCUGGCUAA